AUGACCUGGUCGUCUAUGCUCAAGAUCGUCGUGGCCGGCCUCGCCGGCCUGUCUCUGGCCAGCCCUAUCGCACAGGUCAACCUGCGCCGAGGCGGCAAGGUGACUUAUCAUCCCAACGCCGAGAGGGCGGAUGCUGUCAAGGAGGCCUUCCAGAGGGGGUGGGAUGGCUAUUAUAAAUAUGCCUUCCCCCACGACUCCCUGAGGCCAGUCACAAACGGAUACGAAGAUGAUAGAAAUGGCUGGGGCGCGAGUGCGAUCGACGCGUUCUCCACGGCUCUUGUCAUGGGCAACAAGGAGGUCGUCAAGCAGAUCUUGGACUACGUGCCCAAGAUCAACUUUGACCAGACCUCGACCGAGGUGUCCCUCUUCGAGACUACCAUCCGCUACCUGGGCGGUCUUCUCUCGGCCUACGAUCUGAUCAAAGGUCCCGCAAAGGGCCUCUCCAAGGAUCAGAAGCUGAUCGACUCCAUUCUGGAGCAGGCGACACGACUGGCUGACAACCUCAAGGUGGGAUUCGACACGCCCAGCGGCAUCCCGGACAACACGCUCUUCUUCGGCCCACCCCGGACCAACAACUCUACAAGCAACGGAAUCGCCACGAUCGGGACCCUCGUCCUCGAGUGGACGAGGCUGAGCGACCUGACCGGUAACCCGGAGUAUGCCAAGCUGUCUCAGAAGGCCGAGGAGUACCUCCUCAAUCCCCAACCGGCCCUGGGCGAGCCGUGGCCCGGCCUGAUCGGCACGAAUGUCGACAUCGCCACUGGAAAGUUCCUGGACGGCUACGGCGGCUGGGUCGGUGGUGACGACAGCUUCUACGAGUAUCUGAUCAAGAUGUAUCUGUACGACCCGGAGAGGUUCGCGCACUACAAGGACCGCUGGAUUCUGGCUGUCGACUCGUCCAUCGAGCACCUGGCGUCGCACCCGACCACGCGCCCAGAGCUGACCUUCCUGGCCAUGUUCAACAACCAGACCCUGAUGUUUGUAUCGCAGCAUCUCGCAUGCUUUGACGGCGGCAACUUCAUCCUGGGCGGGCUGACGCUGGACGAGCCGCGGUACGUCGAGUUCGGACUCGAGCUGACGGCGGCGUGCCGGGCGACGUACGCGGCGACCGAGACCAAGAUCGGGCCGGAGUCGUUCCGGUGGCAGGACAACCGGCUGGACCCGUCGGCGCCCAACAACAAGCCGGCGCCGGCGGCGCAGGCGGCCUUCUACGACGAGGCCGGGUUCUGGAUCGACUCGAGCGCGUACGUGCUGCGGCCCGAGGUCAUCGAGAGCUACUACUACGCGUACCGGGCGACGGGGGACCCCAAGUACCAGGAGUGGUCGUGGGAGGCGUUUGUGGCCAUCAACGCGACGACGUCGGUCGGCAGCGGCUUCUCGAGCAUCAGCGACGUCAACGCGCCGCACGGCGGCAGCUUCACCGACUUCCAGGAGAGCUUCCUGUUCGCCGAGGUCAUGAAGUACGCGUACCUGAUCCAGGCCGAGGACGAGGACUGGCAGGUCAAGGCGGACCACACCAACAAGUUUGUCUACAACACCGAGUGCCACCCCAUUGCGAUCCCGGGCGGCGGCGAGAGGAGGGCGAAGAAGGCUUAG